UCCAUUUGCAGAUACUGAAUCGUGACUUUCAAAGACUUUGCAACAUGAACACUCUGUUGGUCUUGAUGUCCAUGUUCCUGCUGGUGGCGGCGAGGUCAGAACCCGUGCCGGAGUUGCUCAGCCAUCCAAGAGACUUUACCGAUCCCACCAGGUCUCGCUCCAAAGACGAAGCACCACAAUCACACCACCGCGUCGUUAAGAAACCUGGGGCUGGGAUGUUGAGCACCCGCAUUGAAUUCGGUGAUGGCCCAGACCCCAAUCAAUACUGGAAGUUCGAUGAAGACGCCAAUCCUCAGGGGAUGUCCACCCGAAUUGUAUUUGGUGAUGGCCCAGACCCCAAUCAAUACUGGCCCUUCUAUCCAUAAUUUAUUACUGUUUAAGAUUUUAUUUGUUUCCUCUACCGCUUCUGUAGCUUUUAAGAUUCAUAAAUUACUCAUUACUGUUUAAGAUGUUGAUCAUUCAUGUAACUUGUAAGAUUUAUGAAUAAUGCAAUACUGUUUAAGAUGUUAGUUGUAACCACAAGCGGAACACUACGUGUAUUUGUACGCUUCGAAAAUUAACUCAUUACUGAUUAUUAUGGUGAUCAUUCCUGUAACUUGUAAAAUUCAUAAAUAACCCAAUACCGUUUCAUAUGUUGGUUAUUCUCACAAUCACUAUAUUGUACCUUUUAAGAUUCAUUAUUGUUUAAGAUAUUAAUCAUUACUAAUACUUGUAAGAUUCAUGAAUAAUGCAAUACUGUUUAAGAUGUUAGUGUUGUCACCACGAUCGGAGCACUACGGGGAACUUGUACGCUUCGCAAAUUAACCCAAUAUUGUUUAAGAUGUUAAUCAUUACUAGAACUUGUAAGAUUCAUAACUAACCCAAUACUGUUUAGGUAAUAUGUUAUAUUUUUAUAUAAUAUGUAAUGUCAUAUGGACGUCGUUCCCGCCAUCACUAACGUAGCUUUUAAGUUUCAUAAUUAAUAAACCCAAUAUUAUUUAAGAUGUUAGUUGUUCCCAUAAUCACUACUGGGACUUGUAAGCUUUUGUAACUUGUACUUCCUAUGUACCUCAGUACUAUCUAACAUGUUACUUGUAUUUCCUCUGUAAACCGUGCGGUCUAUAAGAUGGCUCUGUAAUGCUUUAUUUUUUUUACUUUGAUAAUUAAAUAUUAUUAUGCAAUAUUUCAUGGUAUCAUUGACGUAGAAUAAGCUGAAGCAUCACCGCGUCCAGUAGGUAUCCAAACUCACGUAUAUGCUUAACAGAGCUUAGGUCACGAUCGGCCCACUAGGCUGCAUGCAAUGUGCAUCUGAUCGACAUGCAGAUAUAGACGUCACGCUGUAACUUGUACAACUGCACUCUAUAAAAAGUCGAGCGUAACGGCCUAGGAGUUAGUCAUUGCAUGAUAGAGUUUUGUCUCAUGAUUCUAAAAAUACCACUCCCCUCUACCCCCGAGUCUUAACUUUAGAAUUACCUAAAAUGUAAAAUUGAUAUUAUUUUAAAGAGCAACUACAGAGUUUCUUACCGGCUCUUCUGUAGAAACUACCUUUUGAACCGGUGGUAAGUGUUAUAACUGUGUAAUAUGACGAUUCAAAAGUGCGUCUACCGGGUCCGCCAUCUAACCUUUUUUUUCCAAAUAGUACUUAUUUCGUGAAUUACACUAAGCUCAUGAUUGAUUUGACAGAUAAUUAGUUUUAUCCUUCCGCUGAACAAAUAUGGUUGUGUAUACGCUUGAACAACGCUGGGAAAUUGUGCGAGAUUACUUUGAAAAUCAUGGUAAUGUUGCAAAAUGUGUGAGAAAAUAAAAUUUCGUACGGAUUUUGGAAGAAAAGAAGCACCGUCAGCUCCGUGUGUUCGUUAUCUUGUGAAAAAAGUGAAAGAAACUGGUAUUCUCAUCGAUAAACCAAUGCGUGAAAAGCCAAAAACAGCGCGUACACCCGAGAAUAUUGCUGCUGUGGCAGAAUUCACCGUCGUUAUCAACAAUUGAACAUUUCGGAGAUAUCAUUGAGAUGAAUUUUGAAUAAAGAUCUUGGUAUGACGCCAUACUAAGUCCAAUUGGUUCAGGAGUUGAAGCCAACUGACCAUCAAAUGCGUUUUCGCUAGGUGGCCUUGCGAUCGACUUACAGAAGAUUCCGCAUUUGCAAAAAUAACCAUCUUUUCAAAUGAAGCUCAUUUUGAUCUUGGCGGGUAUGUAAACAAGCAAAAUUGGGCCACACAAAACCCGCACGCAUACAUUAAACAGCCGAUGCACUCAAAACGAGUCACUGAAUGGUGCGGAUUUUGGUCCAGAGGCAUAAUUGGACCACUUUUCUUCGAAAAUGAGCAAGGAGUGUCCGUUACAGUCAAUCGCGAUCCUUAUCGGGCCAUGUUGAACGAAUUUUUGAUCAUAAAAAUUGAAGAGGAUAUUGGAAACAUUUGAUUUCAGCAGGACGGCGCUACGUGCCACACAGCCGAAGCUACACUCAAUGUUUUGUGCUCUGUUUUUGAAGAUCGCAUUAUCAGCCGCAAAGCUGAUGUCGAUUGGUCACCUCGUAGCUGCGAUUUGACACCGUUGGACUAUUACUAUUAUUUGUGGCAUGCCGUCACAGAUAAGUGUUACGCCGACAAGCCAGAGACAAUUGACGCUUUAAAGGACAAUAUUCGUGAAUCUUAGUUGUGUAAUGUUUUUACCCAAUUAAGUUAUGUAGGUAUAUUAUCUAUCUAUUUGUUUGUUUAUUACCGUAAUAGAUACCGUGGGGUGCCGGUUUAAGAAUAGCAACUUCCCAUUUCCUCCCGUGGGUGUCGUAAGAGGCGACUAAGGGAUACUUUAUACCGGAACGGGCAGCAGCGUUCCGCGACCUCUCAAUACAUCUACUGCGCUCGCCAACCCGCCUGCCAAGCGUGGCGAGUAUAAUUGGCAUCUUAUCCCCUCAUGUUGAGGGAGGCCUUUGUCCAGCAGUGGACGUCCCACGGCUGAAACGACGAUUUGUCUGUUUAUUAAUCUUUAAUGUAUUAUUAUAGAACAUUUUAUUUAUUUAUUUAUAUAGAUCUAUCAGUUUUAUGUAUUUAUAUAAUUAAUAUUUGAAUACGUCUGCCGCUCCAACUGUCACAGAGGGGGGCCACUGAAAAUCAGUGUGGCAACUGCGUUGCUGCGUAGGCUGAGUGGCUACCCCAUUUCGCUCCACUUUAUGUUUCUCGUUGUAUAUUUAUUUCUAUAUUUUUUGUUAUUUAUAUAUACA